AUGACCUCUGCGUUUUCAACUCCCCAGCUUAGCAAGUAUCUUAAGCACCUUGCGCUUCCCGCUGAAUAUGACCAGUUUAUCCACGAUCCGCAGCAUUUCCCGAAGACAGAAGAGGCACUGACUACUCUUUUCCGGGGUCAAAUCACACGGUUUCCAUACGAUAAUUUGUCAGCACAUUAUUCCAACACAGAUGUUAUCGAUAUUCGGCCGGAAAGCAUCUAUGCCAAGCUGAUGGGCCCCGAGGAUUCAGUGCCAUCUGGGCGAGGAGGCUAUUGCCUAGAGUGCAGUAUCUUCUUUUACCAUGCUCUGUUGGGCUUGGGAUUUUCUGCCUACACGACGGGAGUCCGGAACCGAGGGCGGAUUGAUGGCGUGCCUCAAGGCGAAUACAGGGGAUGGACACAUAUUGUGACUAUCGUCCAACUUCCAUCUGGGGAGCAAUACCAUGUCGACGUUGCAUUUGGGGGCGAUGGACCAACGCGACCGCUGAGACUAGUGUCAGGGCAACCCGUUCAUAAUCUCGGAACGCAAGAGGUGCAGCUUGUUCACGGAAAUAUUCCCAAGCAAACACGUCUUGAGCAAAAGCUCUGGGUAUACCAGUACCGCAAUGGGCCCGCAAAGGAGUGGAAUUCUUUCUAUGCCUUUGCAGAGCUUGAAUUCUUUCAAGAUGACUUCGAAGUUAUUAAUCGGUAUACAAGCUGGGAAGCUCGGGACAGGGGCAAUUUCUGGGUUGUCAAGUUCAUACGUGGCGAGGAAACGAAGGGGCUGCCUCUGCUUGAUGGUGAGAGUGUCUUUACGGAUGCAGGCGCGGUUCCUAUAGUUGGAAAACUCAUGUACAUCAAUGGGGUGGUGAAGCUGAAUAUGGGAGGGAGGACACGGGUCAUUGAUUCAUUCCAGAGUGAGGAGGAGAAAUUUGGUGGUCUGAGGAGAUGGUUUGGAAUGACAGUUAACUCAAUAAGGCUUUGA